AUGAAAUUAACCUCACGACCGAUGAGGAAUUGGCGUAGGCUAUUUCAUCAAGAUCAUCAAGAAAUAAAACAACCGUUGAAGCCGGCGUGGACUCAACCUGUCGGUUAUGAAACAGGCAUUUCUAUUUAUAAUCCAAUUAUGAAGAAAAAAGUGCCUCUCAUUCUCAAAAAUCAUAACACUGCUACCUGGUACACCUGCGGCCCUACUGUUUAUGAUUCUGCACAUAUUGGACAUGCUUGUUCCUACAUUCGAUUCGACAUAAUCCGACGUAUCCUCUCGAACUUCUUUUCGAUUUCCGUCUUGCCCGUGAUGGGCAUAACGGACAUAGACGAUAAAAUUAUUCAGCGCUCCCAGGGGUCCUCAAAAUUCACCUCCUGGCGUCACCUUUCGAAUCAUUACGAACAAGAAUUUCUCUCCGAAAUGCACCAACUCAAUGUUCUACCUCCUUAUCUUCACUGUCGAGUAACCGAUUAUAUUCCCGAGAUAAUAAAUUUCAUCUCCAUUCUCAUGUCCAAGGGUUUCGCCUAUAAAUCCACGGACAACUCCAUUUAUUUCAACACAUCAAAUUAUCCAGCUUAUGGGAAGCUUCGAAGGCCUGACGAGAAUAUGACCUCUCCCUCGAAGUUCUCGCCCUGGGAUUUUGCCCUCUGGAAAUCUGCCAAGCCCAACGAACCCUUCUGGGACAGCCCCUGGGGUCCAGGCAGACCGGGAUGGCACAUAGAGUGCAGUGCAAUGGCAUCCAUCACCCUGGGAAACAACAUAGACAUUCACAGUGGAGGACUGGACUUGAUGUUUCCUCAUCACGAAAAUGAGGAGGCCCAGUCUUGCUGUCACCACGAGACAGGGCAGUGGGUGAAUUACUGGCUGCACUCAGGCCUCCUUCACCUAGAGGACACCAAGAUGUCGAAAAGUCUCCAGAACACAAUUACGAUUAAAGAGUUGUUGGAAAAGUUUACAGCUGAUCAAUUCAGAUUAUUGUGUCUCUGCACUCACUAUCGAUCGACAAUCGAGUUUUCUCAGGAGACGAUGAGUAAGGCAGUGACUUUUCUGAAGAAGUUCCAGUAUUUUCAAAGUGAUUGUAGAAAUUACGUGGCUGGAAGAUUCCCCGCUGCGACGGUAGACACAUCGACAAUUUAUGGAAAACUGAGACAAGUUGAAAAAAAUAUUCUGGAGGCUUUGAAGAAUGAUUUUGGGACUCCCCAGGUUAUGGAUGAACUCAAUGAACUCGUCGGGGUAGUGAACAAGGGAUUGAAUAACCGAAUUCAAGGGAGUGAGUGCACUGAAGUCAGAGAGGCUCCGUGCAUUGCUACUGCUGGAAUUUACGUGGAGAGGGUACUGAAAGAUCUGGGGAUUUGCAUGGGUGAAGAGAGUUUGCAGGCUGGGGGGAGUGAUGGAAAGUUUCGUAGAGUUGUUGAUGAUCUCGUCAAGUUCAGGACAAUUGUUAGGAAUAGAGCUUUAGCAAUGAAUGUCAAGGAUAAGGAGCUACUGGGUGCUUGUGAUGAUGUGCGGAAUAAUUUGGCGAAUUCUGGUAUCAAAGUCAAGGACUAUAAGGAUACUGCCACAUGGACGUUUGUAAAAGAGUGAUUGAGAAUUUAAAUUUAAUUAAUAAAUGUUUUAUUAUUUAAAAA